CGCCUCAGGGCGGGAAGGGCCUGUGCAGCCACAGGAGGAUCCAGCCCAGUGCGCUGCAGGUGCCUCAGGACAGAGAGCCAGAGCUGCGUUUCCAGCAGGUUCUGCCGCCCGCGCCGGGGAGACCCUGGGGCCUUUGCAGCUACUUGGCGUCUCCUGAGGGACGAGCGGGACAGAGGCUGCCUUGCCGGGCCGAGUGCUGAGGAGGGGCCUCUGGGGGGCUUCCCCCGGGACACGCUGGUCAAUGCAGGCUUGUUUCUGGGGAGAAAUCCUGACCCCAAAUCAGAGGAACUGGAGCCACACUCAGCGGCGACGUAAAUACAGGAACUGCUGACUCUCAGCUCCUCCGAGAAUGGGGAGCUGGGGUCCCACUUUCUGUGUCCUCCUGGAACCGGAGCCUGAGGUGAAAGCACAAACUGCCCUCCUGUUUGUAACCUUAAAAGGUUGUCUUUUAGUUUUGUUGACUGUCUCAUUGUUGAAGGUGUUGUUGAGAUCCUCCACUCUCUUCUCAAGGCUGAUUUUGGGUAUAGUUUUGGAAAUGUUCCAAAGAAGUUUACCUACGCACUUCAAGAAGUUUGUCCAUAUUUUGCCUGGCCAUUUCCCUCUUGGCUCUGAUGGUGUUGAGAUUCUGUGGACCCUUACCGUUGUAACUGAAUCCUUGGGAAUUUGUGCAUUUCUAAUUUACCUCUGGAGAACCAUCUUUGCUGUAGAGCCUCAAGAAUAUCAAGUUAAUUUACAGCAAAUAACUGAGAAGAUAAAUUGGUUUGAGAAAGAAAGCAGAGAACUUGCUGAAGAAAUAUCCAUUUGGGAGCAGAAGAUCAGGGAAGCAAAGAAACAUCUAUCAGAAACUAAGACAGAAAAUAUGUUUCUCUCUGAUGAAACUCCUAAAUUGAAGUUGCAAGAUGAAUUUGAAGAUCCAGAGCUGAGAGUCUUGAGGUCCAAGAAAUAUGACCUGGAAGACAGUAAAAAGGUCCUGGAAGACAAGUGCAAUGCAUUGAGUUCCGUGAAAACAACGAAGGAAGCAGAAUUGAAACAGCUGAAGAAGAAAAUGGAUACCUUGGCUGAAUUCUAUGAACAGACAAAAGUGGCUGCAGAAGAGAAACUGAAAAAGACACACUAUGAACUGGUGGCAAAGAAGAAUCAGCUGUCAGCUACAGAGAAAAAUUUGAAAGUAGCCACAGAAGAAAUAGACAAAUACAAGCAACAAGUCCAAGAAAUGCAAGAACAGCUGCAGGAGUCAGAACUGACCUUCAGACACCAGAUCGCAGUUCAUGAGAAGAAUGCUCAAGACAACUGGGUCAAGGCUCGGAUUUGGGAGAGGGAAAUAGCGCAGCAAAGCAGGGAGAAAGCCUACUUGAAACACAGACUGGGCCUACUGGAAGAAAGUCUGCCUGAGAGACACAGGAGGCAGGAGCUGAUCCCGGGAAGACCUGAGAUACAGAACCCUCCAGGGAGAGGACUGUUUCAGAUUUGAAGACCUCCCUGAGCAGUAACAACCAGGCUAUGAAGAGUGUAUAUUUAGAACAUGGUGUCAGAUCUGCCUAAUGGUCAGAGUGUUUCCGUUUUCAAUCCUGUCCCCUGUGCUUUGUCACUCCUGGUAUCCCCCUAAUAAACGUUUCAUGGUUCUUUCUCCA